AUGACCUGGCCGGACAUUGAUCGCGUGGAUCUGCCCAACGGGCGAACCAUUACCGUUUGUGCACCUCAUCAUAUGGUCACCUGCGGAAGGUGCUGUCUCGACUUUAGCCACGAAUUUGAUGAGGAGAAGGACGACGACGAACUCUUUGGCUUCGAUUACAACUCUCCCGUGCCUAGGGACGUCAGCUUCGCCCAGGUUGCGAACAGCCGAUAUGGCCGUCUUAAGAGAGCUAUUCCGAGCGGACCCCGGGGAUCAGCGCGCUUCCGGCCCACAUGGACCGAAGACGAGGACAGCGAUGGUCCGCUGCCCCUCGUCGAUGAUCUGCCCUCCACCGGUCGUAUGGGAGAAGAUCAGCAGAUCUUUUUCGGGACGCCUGCAUUCGACCGCAUUCCCAAGAGAACCCAAUUCUCGGGCACUCUAUUUCCCACCAAUUUCGGCCAGCAGAAGGAGGCGCCCCUCGAACCCUCGAACCUCUUCCCUCCUUGCCUCUCAAUGAAGGCCGUGCCGCCCGUCCUCCGCUUCAUCAACCGAUACGACACCUCGGAAGCCCUCAUCUACACCGACGGGGCCUGCUUCGACAACGGCGACGCCGCAGCCCGCGGCGGCUCCGCCUUCAUCUUCAAGCCGGUUUCCCCAAACGACGAGAGCGGGCGCGUGGCCUUCAAGCUCGAGGACAAGGGGCCGGACGGCCAGACAUACCGUCACACCAGCAACCGCGCCGAGCUGCGCGCCGCUCUCGCCGCGCUUCGCUAUAGGGCCUGGUACGGCGAGGGCUUCAAGAGUAUCGUCAUCGCUACCGACUCAACCUACGUCGUGAACGGCGCUACAGACUGGGCGCACGCGUGGAUCAAGAAGGGCUGGCGAACGAGCUCCGGCGAGCGCGUCAAGAACAGAGACUUGUGGGAGGCUCUUUUGCUCAGAGCUGAGGUGCUCCACGAUCACGGCGUCAACGUUCGCUUCUGGUGGAUCCCGCGCAAAUUCAACCACGAGGCCGACAAGGCCGCCAAGAGCGCGGCUUCCAGCCUCGAGCCGAUGGCAGAGUUUGGCGACUUGAUAGGGAUUCUUGAUUGA